AUGGUUUACUUGUCCCAGAAAAGCCUGUGGUCAUUGGCAGGUAUCGUUCUGUCUGUCGCUGCCGAUAGCCAAUAUCGCUCACGUAGUGAUCUUUCUCCACCGAAAUUGAACAUUACCAUCCCUGCAGCCGACGCCAAUGGCACCGAGUAUGUCUUCGUAACACCAUAUAAUGGUGAGAUCCAGCAGCCAGGUGCAUACAUCUAUCGCAAAGAUGGUGACCUGGUCUGGUCUUCUAUCGGCUAUUAUGCCGGGUUCGUUGACAACCUUCAUCCUACCACAUAUCAUGGAGAGACUGUUCUCCAGGCUUAUCAAGGCACCAUUGAUCACCUUCACGGCGAAGGUUGGGGCCAAUUCGUUCUUUUAAACCAUAAAUAUGAACAUGUGGUCACAGCCACAGCAGCAAAUCAUCGUAUCCCCUCCAUUCAUGAGUUUAAUUCGAUUAAUGGCGAGACGGCGCUCAUUGAGAUCUAUAUCCCCACCCUGGCCAAUCUGUCAGCUUACGGUGGUAACUCAUCCCAGAAGUGGAUUGGAAAUGGGAUUUUCCAGGAGUUCAAUAUUGAGACUGGUGAAUUAAUCUUCGAGUGGAGUGCUCUCGACCACAUUGAUCCUGCUGAUUCUUUGGUCGCCCUGGGUUCGUCUACUGCCAACAGUGGUUUGACUUCUGAACACUCAUGGGAUUUUAUCCACAUUAACAGCGUUGAUAAGAAUGAAGAAGGGGAUUAUCUUAUCUCUUCCCGCCACUUGAGCACCAUAUUUAAGAUCAAUGGCACUGACGGUUCCAUUAUUUGGCGCCUAGGUGGUAACUCGUCAACAUUUUCUCACGACUUCACAUUCGGUUUCCAGCAUUACGCACGCUGGAUUUCUCAGUCUACUGACGAUGAGGUUGAAGUAAUUUCGUUCUUCAACAACGGUGGUGAUGGGACCAUUACUUUCAAUAAUGUCUCCUCAGCUCUAGUCGUGCAAUUGAACACUACAGAUUCCACGGCAAUUAUCUUGCGGGAGGCAACUGCUCCAUACGGUCUUCAAGCUGCCUCUCAGGGGAAUGCUCAAUUGCUCCCCAACGGCAACUUCUUUGUUGGUUGGGGCUCGGCCGGUGCUUACUCGGAGUUUAAUACUGACAACGAGGUCAUCUUCCAUGCAUUUAUCGAAGAUGGUAUCAGUUAUCGAUCAUUUGCGGGAAAUUGGACUGGUAUCUCCAAUGAAACCCCCGCUAUCGUUGCUUUCGAAGAUGGCACUAGCAAUUCCACCCGUCUUUUUGUUUCUUGGAAUGGCGACACCCAAACUGAGAGCUGGAAGUUCUUUACAGGUCAUGGGAGGAAACGGUCGCUUAUUGCUCAAGUACACCGGAAAUCCUUUGAGACCUCGUUUGUUUGGAAGAAUAUUGAUGAUUCGGCAACUUUUUAUGUUGAGGCUAUUGGUAAGGAUGGCCAUGUUCUAGGGAAAGCCGGUCCCGUCACAACAUCCAACUGGAUUGCGCUUUCUUCUUGA